AUGGGAGCAAAUAAUUCAAAUCAAAUACUCUCUCAAAGCAAGCUAGUCCAUACAAGCCGACAAUCUAAAGUUGGUAGACACUCAUCCUUUAAUGAGAAAUCAAAGACCCUUCGGAUUCAAGUAAAAUCACAAACAUUUUCAAUCACUGUACCUGACGAGUCCCUUACAAGUGGUUGGCUGAUUUCAGAAGUGAUAAGAGUCUCAAAUCAGCCAGAUAUUAUAACAUUUCAUACAAAAAUUUGUUCAGACAUUUUGGAUUAUUCUUUAACGCUUUAUGAUCGUUCACUUUCGCGAUUUAAGAAUAACGAAGAGCUGGUUGCAAUUUUUUCCGAGCAGACUAAUGGAAGCGUUUCAUGCAGUGAUUUCCAUCCUAUCAAAGUAAUUGGCAAAGGAGGAUUUUCAACUGUGAGUGAAGUGAGGAAAAAAGAUACAGGAGAGCUAUUUGCAGUCAAAACAAUAGAUAAAGAGUUCAUUAAAAGAGAAGGAAAGAUAACUCAAAUUUUAACAGAAAAAGAUAUCAUGAGCAGAAUAAGCCAUCCAUUUAUAGUGAAAAUGCACUGGGCUUUUCAAACAAAAAAUAAUUUGCAUUUAGUUUUAGACUUUUGUCCAGGAGGAGAACUUUUUUUCCAUUUACAUAAUUUAGGCCGAUUUACAGAAGAUCAGGCGAAGUUUUACUUUGGGGAAAUUUUGUUGGGGUUGGAGUAUCUGCAUGAUAAUGGAAUUAUUUAUCGGGACCUAAAACCAGAAAAUAUCUUAUUAGAUAUUGAUGGGCAUAUAAAACUAACUGAUUUUGGCCUGUCAAAGCAACGUAUACGCCGUAGGCACAAAACUUAUAGCUUUUGUGGAUCCCCAGAAUACAUGAGCCCAGAAAUGCUCAAUAAUAAAGGUCAUACUCAUGCAGUUGAUUUUUAUAGUCUUGGCGCAUUAUUGUAUGAGAUGCUGACUGGCCUUUCUCCUUUUUAUGACUCAAACAAAACACGCAUGUUUUGGAAAAUUCUUAAUGAAGAUCUCCCACUUCCAAAUUUUCUGUCAAAAUCAGCCAAGUCUCUUUUAAAAGGCCUUAUGGAAAAAAAUCCUGAAGACCGUCUUGGCUUUAAAAAUGGCUUUGAUGAUGUAAAAGAGCAUCCAUGGUGCAGCAAAAUUCAAUGGGAUAAACUUUUGAAUAAGAAAAAGCUGCCCCCAUUCCUUCCUUCUGUAAGAGCUUCUAAUUUUGACGAAGAAUAUACGUGCUUACCUAUAAAUCCAGAUUUUCUUGAAAAAAUCCCAAAUGCAGAUGAUGAAAUUUUCCAAGCUUUUUGUUAUUCUCGACUAGCUGAAGAAGAGGAAGAAAAAUCCCUAGGGAAAUAUGAGCUGUUUGAUACUUCAUCUGCAUCAACUGUUGCAAGUAAAUCUGUGAGUCCAAUAAGUGCAAGUCAAAGUGAAUUUAGUUUUUAUAAAAGAGAAACAUUUAGAGAGCUGAGUGGCCAAGUUUGCAGCUCAUUAUCUGAUAUGAAAGCAAUCAAUCCCAGAUUUUUCUCUCUUAGAGACAUUGCCAAUAGAAAGCCAAGGCUUGUAAACGCAAAUCUAUCCUUUCUAAAUGCUAUUCCAGCUAGAAGGAUUCGCCAAAACAGUGAAGGCUCAUGCACUGAGAUAAAUUUUGAAGGAGAAUUCCUAAAUCCACCUUUCCUAACUGAGAGAGAUGAAGAUAACUUGUCCUCACAAGAAGACUAA